GAAAAAUGGGUUCUUCUCUUCUUCAAUCACCAGCACUUGUAGGAGUCCUCUUCUCUUUUGUCAUAUUGUCUCUGUUUGCUGAGCCUGCACUUGGCAUCACUAGGCACUACAAGUUUGAUGUCAAAUUGCAAAAUGUGACACGUCUGUGCCAUACCAAAAGCAUUAUAUCAGUAAAUGGGCAGUUUCCAGGGCCUCGCAUUGUUGCAAGGGAGGGUGAUCAACUUCUAAUCAAAGUGGUUAACCAUGUCCAAAACAAUAUCUCCAUCCAUUGGCAUGGCAUUCGGCAGCUUCGAAGUGGAUGGGCUGAUGGGCCAGCAUAUAUAACACAAUGCCCCAUUCAAACAGGGCAGAGUUAUGUGUAUAACUUCACCAUUGUUGGGCAGAGAGGUACACUGUGGUGGCAUGCUCAUAUAUCAUGGUUAAGAUCAACUCUCUACGGUCCCAUCAUCAUUCUUCCCAAGCGUGGCGUUCCUUAUCCAUUUGUCAAACCUUACAAGGAAGUUCCCAUCAUCUUUGGAGAGUGGUUCAAUGCAGAUACUGAGGAUAUCAUUAGCCAGGCCCUUCAAACAGGUGGAGGCCCAAAUGUGUCUGAUGCUUAUACCAUCAAUGGACUUCCAGGGCCUUUAUAUAACUGCUCAGCUAAAGAUACAUUCAAGCUGAAGGUGAAGCCUGGAAAAACUUACCUUUUGCGUUUAAUCAACUCUGCACUCAAUGACGAGCUCUUCUUCAGCAUAGCUAAUCAUACUGUCUCAAUUGUUGAAGUUGAUGCCGGUUAUGUGAAGCCUUUUGAAACUGAAACACUACUCAUUGCCCCUGGACAGACAACAAAUAUUCUUCUCAGAACAAAAUCCCAGUACCCAAGUGCCACAUUUUUUAUGACUGCUAGACCUUAUGUGACUGGUCAAGGCACUUUCGACAAUUCAACUGUUGCUGGUAUUUUAGAGUAUGAAAAGCCACGCAACUUUCAUUCCAGAAACUCCAUCAAAAAACUUCCUCUCUUUAAACCAAUUCUGCCUCCUCUCAACGACACUUCAUUUGCUACUAAUUUUACCAAUAAACUUCGCAGCUUAGCAAGUGCACAAUUCCCUGCCAAUGUGCCCCAAAAGGUUGACAAGCAAUUCCUCUUCACCGUAGGCUUGGGAACAAGUCCAUGCAACAGUAACCAAACCUGCCAAGGCCCCAAUGGAACCAUGUUCGCGGCUUCAGUUAACAAUGUUUCUUUUACAAUGCCAAGCACAGCUCUGCUCCAGUCUCACUUUUUUGGGCAAUCAAAUGGCGUUUACACCGCCAACUUUCCUAUACAUCCAUCAAUUCCAUUUAAUUACACCAGCACCCCACCAAAUAAUACGAUGGUGAGCAAUGGAACAAAGUUAGUGGUACUUCCUUAUAACACAAGUGUGGAGCUCAUUAUGCAGGAUACAAGCAUACUUGGUGCUGAAAGCCACCCUCUGCACUUGCAUGGCUUCAAUUUCUUUGUUGUCGGACAAGGUUUUGGAAAUUUUGAUCCAAACAAAGACCCUGCAAACUUCAAUCUUGUUGAUCCUAUUGAAAGGAACACUGUUGGUGUGCCCUCAGGUGGGUGGGUGGCCAUUCGUUUCCUUGCAGACAAUCCAGGGGUAUGGUUUAUGCAUUGCCACCUUGAAGUCCACACCAGCUGGGGUCUUAAGAUGGCUUGGAUUGUAUUAGAUGGAAAGCUUCCUGAACAGAAGCUUCUUCCUCCACCUGCAGAUCUUCCCAAGUGUUAACGUUAUUUUUACUCACUUUUUGGCCCGCUCUGACCAGAAAUUGCCUGGAUGGUUUUCUUUUUCUUUUUGACUUUUCAAUUCAGUUUAAUUCUUCAGCGGAAUUUAUGUUUGUUGAUCCAUGUGGAGUCAAGGAACAAAGAAUGGACAACUUUUUGUAACAUGUACAAUUCAAUGAUAUUAUCCAACUCUCUGAUUUGUU